AUGGCGGAUUCACAAAACUGCGAUUCAGAGACAUCUGAAGAAUACUCUGAGGAGGAGGAGGAGGAGGAAGAUGAGGAGGAGGACGUGGAGGAGGAGGAGGUGGAGGAGGAGGAGGUGGAGGAGGAGGAAUUAUAUUCUGAUGAAGAUGAUUUUUGGGAUGUAAGUGAAUCUGAAGAAGAAAACGACGAAUCUGAAGAAGAAAACGACGAAUCACCAUCAGAUAGCGAUAACAAAGACAGUGCAUCAACAAAACCAAAAGUGUUGCACACAAUCCGCAGUGCCCAAUACGCCAUACUUUGUAAUCUUUGCAGCAGGUCUUCUGUCACAAGCUAUUGUGUUCCUUGUUGCGUAAGUCUCUGCAGUAACUGUGUUGACAAACACCAUUGUAGUAAAUUCAAACCCCACAAAGUUGUGCCGUACCAAGACAAACAUAUGUAUGCUGCCACUAAAUACCCGAAAUGCAAGGAACAUGUUAAAAACAAAUGUCAAUUUUACUGUGAAGACUGCGACAUUCCUCUCUGUCAUACAUGCGUUUCAUCGGACAAACAUAGAGGGCAUAAAAUAUCAGACGAUCUGGGAAAAAGCAAAAGGGAAAAAGUUAAAAAGGAUUUGAAAGAAUUGAAGGAAAAAAUAUAUCCCUUAUACCAAAAAAUAGCGCUGGAUUUACAAGAAGAAAAAACCGCCGUCAAAAAACAUUACAAAAGGCUUGAUGCUGCCGUAUCAAAAUAUGGAGACAUCUUGUUGGAAAAAAUGAAAGCUGUUGUUGAAAAGGGAAAAUUAUGUAUUAUUGAAGGGAAAUCAAAACACAUUUCGACCUUAGAAAAACAGGAAAAUAGAAUUGCUAAGAAAAUGUCUAAAUUAGAACGGCACAUUCUUGAACUGAAACAAUUGCUUGAAACCAGUAAUGAAUUUAGCGCCUCUGAAUACGAAUCAAAGAAUUCAAAGUUCAACAGAAUGCCAUCUCGGAAGAUCAUUCCACUUCUCAAAUUUGUACCGAAUAUGAUAGAUGAAAGCGUUUUACACCAAAAUUUUGGUCAUCUUACUUUUUCAGCUGUCACACAGGAUAAAGAUGGCUUUAUCAUGACAAAUCCUACAGCCUACAAACUAGAAAUUAUCAAAACUGUAGCAACUGGGAAAAAGGGAUGCCUAAGCAGUGUAGAAUGUUGUAAUAAUAGCGAAGUCUGGACAACCUGGGGCAAAAUCAUGAAAUUACACAAUCUGAAUGGAGAACUUCUGAAGUCAAUUAAAACCAAAUCUGGGUAUAAUGUGGGGGAUAUAACAACGACAAAGAAAGGCUAUCUGGUUUAUUCUGAUCCAGACUCUAAAACCAUCAACAGGAUGAAGAAAAAAACCAUAAAAGAAGUUAUCACAUUGCAUGGAUGGACACCUUGCAGUGUUUGCAGUACUUCCCUUGAUGGCCUAUUAGUGAUCAUGACCAGCAAUGACAAGAAACAAUCAAAAGUUAUUCGCUAUACGGACAGCUUCGAAGAAAGCAUUACAGCUCAAUUUGAUGACAAAGGCGUGCCUCUGUAUUCCAAAAGCAGCAACACAAAGUAUGUCAGUGAGAAUAAAAAUCUUGAUAUCUGCGUGGCAGACAUGGGAUCUCGUUCUGUAGUAGUUGUCAAUCAGAAUGGUCGUCUUCGGUUUAGAUACACAGGCUCUCCCUCUUUUUUAACAAUGUCACUCAAACCAGACGGCAUCGCCACAGACGGCCACAGUCAAAUUUUGACUGCGGACAGUAACAAUAAGAGAAUCCACAUUUUAGAUCAAGAUGGACAUUUUCUCCGUUAUAUUGAAGUUGACAAAUCGGAUUGUCCAUUUUGUUUAUGUGUCGAUACCAAUAACACACUGUUUGUGGCUGGAAAAAAGAGUGGAGAAAUAAAGAUGAUCACUUAUACUUAAAUAAAACACUCAAAGUGUUGUAACAUGUUAUUGAACCUAUGCUAUUAGUGCAUGGUGUCAACAGUUUUAGUUUAUCAAUGUAUCCAUGUGCAACAAUGAUUUCAUUCAAGAUUGACAUCAUUCAUUAAAUUCAAUGAGCACUUUAAAUGUUAUGCGAAGACAAUAAAAGCUGACAAAUUGAUACAGCAAUAUUAGGGGUUACCACUACUUAACUUUAUAAGAAUAGGGUGCAUAUCAGUGAAUCUUUGAGCUCUUUGUCUUUAGGAAAGAAGUAGACAGCCGUCGCACAGAAUAAAACUCUAUCAAGAUUACCAUUUAAAAAAUGUUUGUGUUAAUAUGCUAUGCCCGUGAUCAAGAAGAAUGCAGAUCAAAACAAAAGUAGACACUGUUCUGUAGGCUUGAAAGAUCAGAUCAAAAGACAAUUUUAAUUCCACUUAAUCACAUAGCGGAAUGCCAAAUCGCUGAAUUAAGGGAAUUAUUGGAAACGUGCCAGUUUUCUCAGUGAUUAUCGAUCAAUUAAGGGACAUUUUGCAAAUAACAGACAUUGGGGAGAAUUCACAAAAAAUUAUAUAUUAUACACUUUGAGAACGAAAAAGAAACAAGUCACGCAAAAACACACUCUAAUGAUUGAGAAAUUCCGUGUGGUGUAGAUAAAGGAAAAUAAACGGAAUCAAGUAUUGGCUGAGGAUGUUUUGAUUGAAAUGGUUAAAUGUUUAACUAAAUUUGACAAAACCUAAAUAUUACUGUGAACGUGUUUUAUUUAACUUGUACUAUAUUUGGCAAAUAUUGAUUACUGUAAACCAACUUUUUUCGCGUUUCGCGAGGUUCGCAAAAGCUUUUAUAACAACACGGGUCUUGAUAGAGCUUGGUCGCAAACAUUAGUCGUUGCGAACCAGUUUAUGGGAAGUUACUCGCGAAAUAAAGUCGGCGCGAAUAAAAGUUGGUUUACAGAUUUCAACAUUUCAGACGUAGAUUUGAUUUAGCAAAUUCUGAAUGUAUUUAACAUGCUUAGACAGGGUGAUACAUCAAUUUUGAUACCAUUACAACAUUUCACACUUUUGUUCAUUUAGAAAUGUAUUAUUGAAUUAGCUUUCAUUUUAAUUUCCUUUGGCUACAGUAUGAAAUGAAAUAUGAACCAUAUUUUUUUUUAUCAUUUUGUUGUUGACUGUGCAAAAUUUCAUAACUAAUUAAAAGACUAAGCAGUCAUUUAACUGCAUUAUGAAACUUGAUCCCCUUAAUCUGUUAUCUAUCCUUUGCUGUAAAAAUUGUAGCCGAUGUAAAACUUUGCAGAAACUGCUUGGAAUUUAGAUAUCAAUUCUGCAUCACACUGGUUUAUUGGUAAUGAGGAAAAUGAACAACCACGAGCAACAAGGACAAUAGAUUGUUACGUACCAGCUAUCAUCUAAAAAAGCAGCAAAAGUAAGAAAGAAAUGCAAGCAAUGUUAUCCAAAAUAAUAUCAUUUAUGACUCCUUGCAGGUUGAUUGGAAGCAUAAAAAUUAGAGAACAGUAAGAAUGGUUGUAUAUGGUUGGAAGUAAAAAUUAGACACCCUAAUUAUAUAACAUAAUACAUUGUAUUAGAAUUGAUGGAUCAUUCUGUAUAUAUGUUUGAUAUGAUAUUGAGUGAUGUUCUUGAUUUAAUUAAAGCAGUUUUCAACCUAAAAGUUUCUUGUAAUACAAGUUGAACGUGAUUUACAUGAAUCAAAAUCGAAGUACAAGUAGAUAAAAAUCCUCGAUUCUAGUAUCAAAGCCCUUAAGAAUGAUUUCAUUUUUCAAAAGUAGAAGACAAUCUAACUGCGCAGCACUGUUAAUGCUGGAAUUUGGAGGCAGGGUUUAUUUUGAUAAACUUUGAACUCAUGAAUAUUCAUUAGAUAUGCUAUUUAACCUAAAUAACAUAUACAUGUAUAAAUGGUAAUUGAUUACUUUAUGGAUUUGAUUUCUUGUUAAAAAGAGUUAAAUCAAAUAUCAAACCCCUCACUGUGUAAUAAUGAUCAUUAUUUACUUAUUUUCAAUGAAAACAUUAAUUGCUUCCGAAGCUUGUAUCGAUCCGUGACGCGUCGACUAUUUUUAGCUGCUAGGAAGAUGGCAAGCGUGGGUGUAAACAGGUGCGCCGAAAUGUUGUGGAUUGAUACUAUGCGUGUAGAUGUCGAAGUAUGCAGGAGAUAUGGUAAGUAUUGGACAAAUCAUUCCAUAAAUUAACGCAAGCAGUAUGAUAAGAAACGUAAACGCAGUAGUGUUUGCCAUAAUUACAAAUUGAUGUACGGAGCGAGAUGUGUUCCUACGGCCACAUCUUGUAAAUAAUGAUAAAGUUUUAUUUACUUAAACAACGCACCUACAUAUCAUUUUGUUUCACCGAUGAUUAUAUGUCAAUUCGUUAUUUGCAUAAAACAUAUUAUUUUAAA